UUAGCCGCGCUCGGUCGGCGGAGGACGGCCUCUUCUCUCUCUCUCUCUCUCUCUCUUCUCCGACGCCGAUUUCCGGCCGCAAUGGUACUUCGAGCGAGAGAGCUCCACCGCCUUCAAUACCUACUCCCAGAGGCCUUUGGAUCGCUUUCCAGGGGCGGAGGUUACGGGAUGGCCGGCGGUGGGAGGAGGCUGCUGAGCGCCGGGAACACCAGCGGCGAGGAGUUCGCCGGAAAGAGCGCCUACGAGGUGCUUGAGGUCUCGGAGACCAGCUCGUUUGCCGAGAUCAAAGACUCGUUCCGGAAACUCGCCAAAGAGACCCACCCCGAUGUCUCGCCGUCGCCGGAUGACCCUGCCGCCUCCCAGCGGUUCCUCCAGAUCCUCGCCGCUUAUGAGAUUCUUUCGGAUUCUAAGAGAAGAGCCCACUACGACAGCUAUUUGUAUUCCCAGAGAACAAUACCUCAUAAAGAUCAUGGGCUUGGUUCAGCUGUUUAUGCAUACAAUUCACCUGUAAUUUUGACAAAGCAAAAUAAUGUAGUGGAGUGGCUAAGGUGGUACAGACUUACUAUUGAUGACAUUCUUAUGCAGAAAAAAGUUGUGACAAGAUCUGGUUACUUCGGUAAACUUGAGAGCGAACUUUAUUCAGCAAUACGUACUGCAUAUUAUGGCCCAAUUAUUGAGUCUAUGGAUCUUCUUCCUGACUGUUUUGAAGCUGAAGAGAGGUCUGUAUAUGAAACUUCUGAGGUGUUGCACUUGGUUUCAGGACGAGAUCUAUUUGGAAUUGUUAAUAUAGUUGAUAAGAUUCCUCAGUUGUCACAUAUAAGCCAUGAAAAGCUGAAUCCCUUUGAUUCCGUGGCUUCUGGACUUUGUCAGUAUGUUACACAUACUGCAAUGGAAAAAUGUUGUGAUUCUUUUGGAAGCAUUAAUAUCCAUGAAGAAGAUGUUAAACAGGACAGUAAUUUUCAAUCAGAUGUUUACAAAGAUCUUGAAUUGCAUAUCUAUGGAAGAGCAGUCGCUGUUGCGACUAGGAGCCCUAAAUGCAAAUGCAUUGGCACACAAACAAUAGAUUCUGAAGAUCACAUUCAUGUCUUUCUUACUUUACAUGAUGCUCAAGAUGCAGUUUCAUCUGGAUCGAAAAUUCUCCUAGGCACAAUAACUGGAUUAGGAACAAGUGCAGAAGAAGCAUCCUGUUCUGUUUAUGAUGGCAGUGGUACAAAAACUCAUGUGAUUAUGAAACACAGAACUUUGCUGGUGAAGCACGUGCGCUGGUUUCGAGUUGGGGGUGAGGUCUCAUCUUGUGAAUGCCAGUGUAGUAGAGCAGGCUUACCACCUAGCAAAUAUUGGCUGUUUGAGCCUCGUUGUAGCAUGCAUGACAUUGGUGGCUGGUACAUUGAAACAUUUGGUCAGGACAAGAAAAGAAGGACUGUGCCUUCCCAAAGGCAAUGGGAUGGUAUGACUGAACAUCCUGAAAAGAGAUUGCAUCCUGCCAUGUAUUUGCUGGCUCUGGCAUAUAGAACAUUAGAUCUUGAGGAUGCAAAAAGAAGGAAACGAAGUUUUAGGGGUUUUGUGGAAGCAAAAUUUUAUAGUGUUCUUCAUUGGUGUCAGAAGCUUCUAUAAUUUGAUAAAUUUGGAUUUUGGACAUAGGAAGAGGAGGAAUUUUACGGACCUUCUGCUAUCUUGGGACCUUUUGACAAUAUUCAGUUUAUCUUUUCAAAGGAUGUGUCAUUGUCACCAUUAUCAUCUGUGGUUCGUGUCUCAACAGUGCACCUGAAAGUAGCAAACAGUUGCAAAAGGAUAUAAUAUGGUGGACCCUGCUAUAAUGCAACUUCUAUAAAUUUUCAUUUGUGUGCAUUGAUGUUCAGACGUGGCUUCACUGAAUGGUAGGUCCAAGAACGGUGAGUUAUAUGAACAAGACAAUCUUGCAGCUCUUAUCUCUUGGUAUUGUACAGAAGGAAUAUCCAGGUUUCGUAUCUUAAUGAUAUCAAUGAAUACAACUUGGACUCAUUACCCUAUGAAAUUAAAAGGAGGAUCCAGUUUUCGAGCAUGCAACAUGUCCUACCACCACUCCUCGCAUCAGAGACCAGCAAAGGAACUACUUAAACCCUUGCCUAUUUCUCUGCAUGUUUGAACUCUUUCCAGGUCCAGGGGGACAAUGGAGGACUGCUCCUCAGUUACUUGAACUCAACCGCAUAACCAAUAAGGUAGGUGCCUCCACCCUCAGCUGGCAUUACUUGAGCUUGAGCUGUAUUUACUCUUAUCCUUUUCGGGAAUUUUACAAAGUUUUUUUCCCUUUUUCGUGCAGUUAUCAGUUUAAUUUUAUAUCCUCACAAUGUGUGGGCAUCUUGGUGUCUAAGAUGUAAACAAAUGAAAAUUGGAAAAGUAAACUCUGUCCAUUUUCAGCCAUUAUCCAGUUCAAAUAUGAAAUCUCACCAUCUAAAUCAGAUACUCUUUGCUUUCCAAAUGGUUUAAAAAAAAACUUUUUAUUUUCUUGGGGAGGAAAAGGCUUUUUAUUUUGCUAUGCAAAUUGAGCCCCUAUUUGUGAGUCACAUGCCCAUUAUCCGGUGACUAUAGUGGUGCGACUGCAGGUAUGGUCUUAUCAUUUACUUGAUAGUUGAUGCAGAAAGAAGUAUUUUAAGUAGAUGAAUUAGGCAAAAAAUGUAUUUUAAGAAGAUGAAUUAAACGUGAAAUGAAUGGUCAAUGUAAACUGCUGGAUGCUUUACUCCUCACAGCAAGAACGUACAUUAGUUUUGCAGAAAGAUUGGAAAUUAAUCCUUAAUGUUCUCCAUCCUUUCCUGAGCCCAAUAGCCCAAGUCGGGUCCAAUUCUAUUGAAAAUCGAUGAAGAUAUAGAACUUAUAUUAAAUCUAUCAUGAUUCAUGAACAAGUUUCCCAAAUACUGAAAAUUUUCAAGCAGGCCUCUGGUCUUAGGAACAAAAUGUGAGCAUAUUCAGUGAUCCACAGCAUUGUUAUUCUCGAAAGAUCAAGCAUAAUCACAAAUAUAUGAGGAUUAGAACGUGUACUUUACAUCGGUAUAGCUGAAUCAUUCCCAAGGCCUAUAGACAAAGCACGUAGCUUACGCCAACUAUGCCAGAUCUCCUUUUUAAAUCAUGGCCACAUGUAAAUUACAAGAAUCUGUUUAUUUUCUACAAGAUCGUUGCAUAUAGAAACACAUCACUCUAUCUCAGAUUUGAAGUAAAAAAAAUUAUGUUCCACUUGUUCAUUUGGUGGGCUAUGCUAUAGGUUUUUUUUUUUAAUCACUAAUUCAUUUUAAUUUUAAGACUUAAAAUUUACAGUUGUUCUUAUUAUUAUUGAGUUUCUUAUAGUAGGUAGGCAUUAAACUAAACAAAGUUUUCUCUUUCUUGAAGUUCCUUGAAGGAAAAUUCCGACAAUAAUAUUCCAGGGAUAUUUUUUUAUAAUUUGCUUUGCAAAACUCGUUCUAUGAGAUAAAUUUGACUUUUGACCACUUAUCAAGUAUUAAAUAGGAUUUACUUAGGAUCAACUCAGAGCUUUCUUAAAACCACCUCCAUUGUAGGAUUUGCAUGCACCAGUUAGUUGCCAAAAACUAGCUCUUUCUUGAAACUAUGAUGGCUUCCAUCUGUUUGUGGCUUAAUUUCUAACAUUACGAAAUCUACUAAUUUCAAUAUAUACUUCACCCAACUUACAAUCUCAAUUGUCACUUUAGUAAUUUCAGCUUCCAAUAUACACUAUAGCCAAGAUUAAAUGGAAGAGAUGUGCCUACCACUUGCAAAGGUCUGCUUUCAAAUCAAAGGUCAGAACUGACCCUGCUGAACCCCAUCACUAAUAUACUUCAUGUGGAAAAGGGAUGGAUUUUUAACUUCUGCGGGGUUGUGUGUUGAGACCUUGGGGUGUUUUGGCUGUCUUUUUAGGGUGUUCUAUUGUAACAGGCGAUGCCUUGUUUUCAUGUGACGAGUGGUGGUAACUGUAAUAGCCCAAUCCCUUGGGCUAUUGGGCCGGCCUGUGAGGGCCCUAGAGUGGGGGAGCACGUGCGCUGCACGUGUGGGCGGAGUGGGCGAGGAAGAAGACUCCCAAGUUUAUCUCGGCGGAAUCUGAGACUCCUAGGGCAAUCCAAGUUUAUCUAAAACUUUAGGUUCUCAUCUAUUAAAGUCCUCCUCCUUCGUUGAAUUCCAUCACUAAUCUUUUGAGAAAUAACCACGAACUCCAAGCUUCUUUUCUGGAUUUCUUUCUUGUUGGUUUAAUUGAGUUGUAUUGGAUGUUUGAAAAGCGAUUUCAUAAUUUAUAUUUUUAUUUUGGUAUUGAUUGCUAUUUUCAAACUAUAUUAUUUUAUUGGUGCAAAUGUGCAGAGCUUCUUACUAGGUCGUAAAGCGCACAAUCAUUUUUCUCUCUUUUUUAGUAUUUGGCUAUGGUUGAGAUCACAAAUGAAAGGGAUGAAAUAGAUAGAGCAUCAUUAUUCUUGGUUGGAUGAAUGAAUUUUGUAAUUAUGUAUAAAGUUUAUUACUUGUUAUGAAAUGAGAUUAUUUUUGUUCAUAGA